AUGUCGCUGGCACUCCAACUCAUCGUCACCGUCCUCGCAAAGCUCCCCAAACCAAUCCGAGAGGCCAUCCUGCCCGACAUGCGCAUCCCGCCCAUCGCCAACGACCCCUCCAAGGUCCAGCUCGCGCGCCCGGGGCACAUCUACGUCGACCACCCGGACCUGGACGAGUUCGCCAAGUUCGCCGCCGACUUUGGCUUCGUCGAGGAGGCGCGCGCCGGGAACGACACGAUCUACUACCGCGGCUACGGCCGAGACCCGUACGUGUACGUCGCGAGCAGGAGCAAGGACGGCAAGCCCCGGUUCCGCGGCGCGGCGUUCGUGGCGGCGUCACAGGAGGAGUUUGACAAGGCGGCCAAGAUGGAGGGCGCACGGGUGGGCUCGAUUGAGUAUGCCCCUGGCGGCGGGAGUAUCGUCACCUUCAACAGGCCGGAUGAUACGUUCUUCCAUGUUAUAUAUGGCCAGAAAGAGCGCGAGCCGGAGCCUCAGGAGCCAUCUGCUACUCAUGAGGAGGUGGGCCCCUUUAACAAGCCAUUCAGGAAACCGAGACAAGGAGCCUUCCAACGCUACCACCCUGGGCCGGCCCUCGUCCACAAACUAGGCCACUACGGCUAUGUCGUCCCCGACUUCGACAACGAACUCGCGUGGUACACAUCCCACUUCAACUUCGUGCCGUCCGACAUCCUGCACCACUGGGACUUUGACAACAUGGACGUCAUGACCUUCAUGCACCUGGACCUCGGCGACGCCUUCUCGGACCACCACUCCUUCUUCAUGCAGCGCGCGGAGCCGCACGUCAAGAAGGCCUUCUGCCACCACACGUCCUUCGAGGUCGCCGACUUCGACACGCAGCUGCUGGGCCACGACUGGCUCGCCAAGCGCGGGUGGCACAGCGUCUGGGGCGUCGGCCGGCACGUGCUCGGCAGCCAGAUCUUUGACUACUGGGCGGACCCGAGCGGGUUCAAGAUCGAGCAUUAUGCGGAUGGGGAUGUGGUGAACAGGCACACGCCGACGUCGAGGGAUGUGGUGGGGCCGUUUUCGAUCUGGGGCCCGGAGAUUCCAAAGGAUUUUGGGGAUAAGAUUCCGAAGGAUUGGCCGGUGAAGAAACUUUGA